GCCGCCAGCCUCCCCCACCCUCCGCCAUGGCGGCCUUACCCCGCCACCGCCGCUUCCUCGGCGGUUUCGUCUGCGGGGCUGCAGCAGGGGCUGCAGCAUCGUGCUGGGCAGCGUGGCGGCUGCUCCGUAGCCAGAGCCAGCCGGAGCCGGUCCCCGGACGAGCUCUUCUAGAGGAACCAGUGGAAGAGUCUCUACUGGAAAAAUAUGGAUUCCCUGAAGCUGGAACAGAGACCAGAUGUUACACGAAUCAUGCACUAUCUUACGACCAGGCCAAACGGGUUCCUAGAUGGGUGAUUGAACAUAUUUCAAAACAGAAGACACUGGGCAAUGCAGACCGAAGACACUGUAAAUUCAGACCAGAUCCUAAUAUUCCUCUAAUGUUUAGUGCUGUCAAUGAAGACUACCUUGGAAGUGGAUGGUCACGAGGACACAUGGCACCAGCAGGAGAUAACAAAUUUUCAACUACAGCUAUGGCCGAAACAUUUUAUCUCUCUAACAUCGUGCCUCAGAAUUAUGAAAAUAAUGCUGGAUUUUGGAACAGAAUGGAAAUGUAUUGUCGGGAGUUGACUGAGAGAUUUGAGGAUGUUUGGGUAGUUUCUGGACCACUGACCUUACCUCAAACGAAUGAUGAUGGAAGGAAGAGUGUUACUUACCAGGUCAUUGGAAAGGAUGAUGUGGCCGUCCCAUCCCACCUGUACAAGGUGAUCCUUGCGAGGCGAAGCAGAACAUCUGCAGAGCCCUUGGUACUGGGGGCUUUCGUGGUGCCAAAUGAUCCCAUAGGCUUCAGUCACCAGCUGACUGAGUUCCAAGUAAAUAUAGAAGAUCUGGAGAAAAUGUCAGGUUUAGUUUUCUUCCCCCAGGUGGACAAAACCAAAGAUGUUAAAAAUAUCUGUGAGGUGGAUACCUGUAAACUGAUGGGCUUCAAGGAAUUUACCUUAUACAUCACUGCUCGAAAAGUGCAGAGCGCCCGCACGCUGCACCGCCUGGAGAAAGCUAUGGCCGAGCUCAGGGAGGCAGGAAUUGAGCCUGAUGAGUAUCUUGAGCAGCUUCACAAGAAGAAGAAAGAAGAACUGCUGCAGGAAAAACAAAUGGGAACUAGAGAGGGGAAAGCUGGCUGAGUAAUCCUUCAGGAAGGUGUUUGGGGUUUCGUGCUUUGAAAGGGGAGCUGAAAGCAAACCCUAAGACAAGGGCUCUGUGAAUUACCCUUUUUUGGAUUGUGGAAACAAUAAAGAAGCAUUUGGAAGCCGA